CAGCCAACAUGAUACUAGAACAAAUAGAAACAAUAUAUUUUACAAAUAGUUUCCAGUUUCCGCCAACCGGAUGAUACAUAGCUUACUCCUUGUGUUCUCACACGGAACCCUUAAUAAAGGUCGUAUGACUCUGAAAGGGGAGGAGGAUAUGAGUAAGUAUUGACGACAGGGAGGAGUGACAGAAACAACGCAGCGACGAGAAACAGGUUAGGUAGAAGACGAUAAAAAACGCCUACUUGGCUCCAUGCAUGAGCCUUUUUCCUUUUCUUCAAUAAAUUAGUUUUCAAUGUAAUUUUUCUAGCUGGGACCGAGAAGAUAUCUGCUGUCAGAGAGUUUCCCAUAGAGACCCUGGGAGUGGAGCCAGAAGUGUGACUUCCUUUCACUCCGUGCCCAGAAAGGUUUCAUCCAGCCCCUCGCCAUGUCUGCUCCUGGUUACCCAGGCUCUUACAGCCACUCACCCUACCCAAUGCCUCAGCAAGGCGGCCAGUCCGUAGCCCCUUAUCCAGUUCCUCAGGGGGGGUACGGAGACCCCAGUCAAGCCCCUCCACCAGGCUUCAACAUGGGCUACAGUCCAGCCCAAGCUCCUAUCAUGUAUCAGCCUGGUGCGGUCGGCCCAGGCCCAGUUCCAGUUCCAGGACCGGAGUAUGGUGCCCCUCCGGGAGGGAUUGCGCUGGCUCCAGCUGGGUCUCCAGCUGUGGUUCCUGUUGGUGUCCCACCAGGGCUCGAGUACCUCACACAGAUUGACCAGAUCCUGAUCCAUCAAAAAGUGGAACUCCUAGAAGCAUUCAUCGGGUUUGAGACCAACAACCAGUACGAGAUAAAGAACAGUCUGGGCCAAAAGAUCUACAAGGCCAAAGAGAAGAACGACUGCUGCACCAGGAACUGCUGCGGCUCGCUGCGCAGCUUCGACAUGAAGAUCAAGGACAACAUGGACACGGAGGUCAUCCGUCUCAUACGGCCUUUCCGCUGCGUCUCCUGCUGGUGUCCCUGCUGCCUGCAAGAGAUGGAGGUCCAGGCGCCGCCAGGCACCACCAUAGGCUAUGUCAAACAGGACUGGCACCCUUGCCUGCCAAAGUUUUCCAUCCAGGGAGCCAACAAGGAGACCUUGAUGAAACUGGAGGGGCCCUGCUUUGCCUGCAACUGCUGUGGGGAUGUCAACUUUGAGCUGAAGAGCAAAGAUGGUGACACGCCCAUUGGUCGCAUCAGCAAGCAGUGGACCGGCCUUUUGAAGGAAGUCUUCACAGACGCGGACAACUUUGGCAUCCAGUUCCCGCUGGACCUGGACGUGAAGAUGAAAGCUGUGCUCAUGGGAGCCUGCUUCCUCAUUGAUUUCAUGUUCUUCGAAAAGGUCGGGGACGCCAACCAGCGCAGCACGGUGUUUUCAUAACAGAAGGGAAAACUACAGCAUUAGAGCAAGUGCCAGAUAUGCAUUCUCUGUUCAUAUACUUUGUUUUUUAAAAUUCUGCCUUCACCAAAUUCCAGCCAAAAUGGCGUCAAUCCCAGGAUCAUUUUAUACAAACAGACCAAAAUGAGCCGAUAAACUCUUGAUUCCAGAUGACUGCCAAGGAUUAUUUUUGAUAUCUAUCCAAACUCAGUUAGUGAUACCUGCUGCCGUGUUACCAAGGUUUUUUUUACAUUGCAUGCAGUCUGUAGUUUUAUCUAUUUGAAGUGAAUGAAUGCACCACCAUCUGAGAUUUAAUCCCUGCCAAAGAAAGUCACCAUCACCCCCUCAAUGUCGUUUUCAGUGCCCACAAAUAGAAAUAAGAGUGGAUUUCAACCCAAUUAUAUGCUUAUCUAUUAUUAGCACACUCUUAUAGGUCUAGUGUGAGUGCAAUACUGGUGUGGAUCUAUGGGAUCAUCUUGUAUUGUUAGCUGUGCGAGCAGCUAGCAUAUACUUUGUGUUUAGCAUGAAAACAAGCUAAAUUAUGAUGCCUAACAUGGUAAAAAAAAAAAAAUACCUGCGGAACAUGUUAGCAUUGUCAGCAUGUUAGCAUGCGGACAUUUAGCUCAAAGCACUGCUGUACCUCAGUACAGCCUCAGAGCAGCUAAUGUGGCUGUAGGCUUUUAAUCUUAUACUUCAACAAAAGAUGUAUAUAGAACCUGAACAUUAGUCAUUUUUUAGCUUAAAUAGGGAAGUGGUGGUUGGGUCAGCGAGAGGAGUUGUGAACACAGCAGUUGACACAUGCUGAGGCUAUUUACCAAAGUGCUCCUUCUUCUACCUCUCAGCAGCCUUUCUCUUCCUCGAAGCCCUCCGUCUUAAACCCUAGUACAUUAUCUAACAACCCUGUAGCAUAGACUAUAGUUCUUAAACCAUAGUACAUUAUCUAACAACCCUGUAGCAUAGACUAUAGUGUAAAUGCUCUCAUGCCCCCUCUGUAGUUUAUUGGUUGCCAUGGAGACAGACAUCACUGCCAAACCUCAGCCUCCAAUUCCUCCAGAUACCAGCGCCUUGAACAUGUGCCAGGGUAAUGAUUUAGACGAGAAAGUGAGUGUAGGUUAAGGUUAAGAGGAGGAAUAAUUCAAGUAAAGGAAUAGAAAGAAAAUAAAAAGCAGAAGUUGAGGUUAGUAAACGUUAAUCUGACUGAAAACCCUUGUCGGUGGUGGGUUUAAGGAAACACAUGAACUUUCUGUAUUUGUGUAGCAGAAAGAGACCUGAAUGUAAAGUUGUCAUGUGAAAUUUAGUUUUUGUUUUAGCUUAUAUUGCUUUAGAAUGAAUAAAUCAAUGGCCUAUUGCCUAUAAUGCAACAUAACAUGGGUGUGCCUCCUGUGAGGCUUGGUUGCCACUAGUGCUCUCAAAUCCAGACCACAGCUCUCUUACGCUGUCAGUAACUACAUGUGUCUUAUAUAAAGGCCAGGGUAAUAAGUCCUUCCUUUGAGGCUUCCAUUUUUUUUAUUGAUCUCACUACUUGAUGUAAAUAAGCUUGCAUAGACUUGAGUUAAAUAAAUCAAACAUUAUGGCUGCUAUUAUUGUUGCCACAGUUAUGUUGUAUUCAUUGCAGUGCAGAUUUUUCAAAUCAAUCUGCACUUUUGUCGCACCACACGAUAGUUAAAUAACCGUAGUAAGACAUAAUAACAUAACAAUUGCAUUAGUAUGAACUUUAGUUAGCAGUAGUUUAUUAAGCACUUUUAAACAAAACAACUCAUUAAUAACCUUAUUUUUUUGUUAUUUUCAUUCAUUGUCUUUCAUGAUUAUAAUUGUGCUUUGCCAACACAUGUCGAACGUCAUGCCAAUAAAGCCUAUUGAAAUGAAAAAUGUAAGUUGAAUUGCUACCAUCAGCCUCUGUGCAGUCUGACAUCUGAUAAGGAAAGAGGAAAGGAAAGUAGCCAAAGGAUGUACAGUACAUGUAUUGCAAAUGUUUAUUCAUUGUGUCAGUUUGAUGUUUAUCUGCAGAACUUGCUUUUGAAAAAUUUGUUAUAUCUGCUUUCCUGUUUAUAUCAAAACAAGUUUGUACCAUUUUUCUUGUAUCUUGUAAAUCACAUUUUUUACACCAAAAAUACCCUGUACUUUAGAAAUAAAACAAUUGCCAUAUUA